UGUACGCCACUACUUUUAGCCUGAGCUCAGGAGACUCAUUACCUCAAGAUCUAAUUUUAACCUCUUCAAAAUGUCUGAGAACGCACAGCGCCUCACCCAGUUCAAGAACAAAGGCAAAGAUGUUGCAGAACUUCGCCGUAGGAGAGUAGAAGGCAGCGUGGAGCUGCGUAAAGCGAAGAAAGAUGAUCAGAUGUUCAAAAGGAGAAAUGUGGCUUCAUUUCCUGACGAGGCCACUUCUCCUCUGCAAGAAAAGAGCCAGAAUGUUCAGGCUGCCCGACAAUGGACUGUAGAAGAGAUUGUUGCCGGGGUCAAUAGUGACAACUCUGAUACCCAGCUCCAAGCCACACAAGCCGCAAGAAAGCUGCUGUCCCGCGAUCGUAACCCUCCCAUCAACCAGAUGAUCAGUGCCGGACUCAUCCCAAAGUUUGUGUCAUUCCUUGCCCUCUCUGACUGCCCUCCCAUUCAGUUUGAGGCGUCCUGGGCCCUGACCAACAUCGCCUCUGGAACAUCCGACCAAACCGCCGCUGUGGUAGAGGGAGGGGCCAUUCAAGCCUUCAUCGGCCUGAUCACCUCCCCUCACAGGCACAUCAGCGAGCAGGCCGUGUGGGCUCUGGGAAAUAUAGCCGGUGAUGGUUCAGCCCUCAGAGACCGGGUUAUCAAACACGGAGCUGUGGCCCCUCUGCUCUCUCUCUUAGCCGUUCCAGACCUCAAUGAUAUUAAUAGGGACUACCUGAGGAAUGUGACAUGGACCCUGUCGAACCUGUGCCGGAACAAGAACCCUUCUCCACCCAUCAGCGCAGUGCAGCAGAUCCUCCCCUCCCUAGUGCGCCUGCUCCACCAUGACGACAAGGAGGUGCUGGCCGAUGCCUGCUGGGCACUGUCCUACCUCACAGACGGCUCCAACGACCGCAUCGAGGUGGUGGUGCAGACAGGCAUCAUUACCCGCCUGGUCAAGCUGCUGGGCUCCGGAGAACUUACUGUCAUUACUCCCUCCUUGCGUGCCAUUGGGAACAUUGUAACAGGCACAGAUGAGCAGACCCAGUCUGUGCUGGACGCCGGAGUUCUGGCCAUGUUUCCCCAGCUGCUACGACACAACAAGGCCAAUAUCCAGAAGGAGGCGGCCUGGACCCUCUCCAACAUCACUGCAGGGAAGGACACACAGAUCCAGGAGGUCAUCAAUUCUGGUGUGGUGCCCUACCUGGUGGAGGUCCUGCACAAGGGUGACUACAAAACCCAGAAAGAGGCUGUGUGGGCUGUGACAAACUUCACCAGUGGAGGCACUAUUCAACAGGUGGUUUACCUCGUGCAAGCCAAUGUACUGGAGCCUCUGCUCAACCUUCUCUCCUCUAAGGACAGCAAAACUGUGCUGGUCAUUCUGGAUGCCAUCACCAACAUCUUCAUGGCCGGAGAAAAGAUUAACGAGUCUGACAAAUUGAGUCUAAUGAUUGAAGAGUGUGGAGGACUGGACCGGAUCGAGGCGCUGCAGUCACACGAGAAUGAGAUGGUCUACAAAGCUGCUCUGAACAUCAUAGAAAAAUACUUCUCUGGAGAGGAAGAGGAGGUACCAAACGUGGCCCCUGAAGUCACCACAGACGGUUAUGCAUUCCAGAUCAAUGAAAACCAAAGCACUUUCACCUUCUAAACUAUUCUUAAACUUGACUUCAACUCAACUCCUCAUGGCUCCUGUGCGUCUGUUUUUCAUGUCACUGUUCUUUUGUAUGUGAUGUAGAAUAAACUAUUUUAAUGUGACUGAUAAAAUGUAACUGUAAAUAAAAAAUGGAUCAUGUGUAUUAAU